UUACGAUCUCUUUUCCCUUACGACUUUUUCUAGGCCUUUUGGUUGAUGAUGAGGCCAUUUAACAAUUUCUUCAAUAAAACCAUAAAUAAAAACAAUAACAAGUUAAGUCAUAACAAAUUAUUAAAUAUUAAUAAUAACAAUAAGCAAAGAUAAAACAUUAGAUCAUAACUAUAACUUAAAAAUUGAACAUUGAUGCAAAACCAAGAAGUCACAAUUACAAAACAGGUACAUUAAACAUAUAAUAGUAUAAUUGUAAUACAACUAAUCAUUGAAGACAUCCCUAACAGUCACCACCGGAGAUUAUUUUACAUAACUUAUUCCACCUCUUGUGUGGUGGAAGUCCCAUCAACCUCUUUGUACAUGUGGGGUUUUCACAUAAGAAAUUAUAACAUUGCUCGAGCAAGUUUUUAUUAGCAAUAUUCAUAGCACGCAACAUUUCAUAAAUGUCGCCCUCUGUGUAUGUGUACGUCGAGGUAUGACAGAGUAUUUGAUUUCUAUCUUCCAUUGCUGAGACUUGACAUACGGCUGCAUCAGAAAUUACACAAAAAUGAACAUUUGUAAAGCCAAAGACAUUUGUAAAACCAUCCAGGCUGGUCGUCAACUUAUCAAAUUGAGCAUCUAUCACAUCGACCAUAUGUGUCUUCCUUUUGGAACCUCGUGAGGAUGAAGUUCCUUCGAAUGGAACGGAAGGCACAAAUUGAGUUUGUCCUGGACUAUACUCAUCCACAGAUGGAGGAGGUGAUGGUGGAGUUGGGUCUCUAUAUCCCGGAUAGAUAGGCUCUUCAGGAAUGUAUUCCAUAUUCUGAUUCAGAUCAACCUGUACACGAGGCCCAACCCGCUGUCGACGUGCUUGACGAGCGGUCCGAACACCACUCCCAGUAGCUCGAUCCGCCGCCCAUAACUCCACCAUUAAAUCGUAGUGUUUGAUACGGUUAACUUUCCACUUUGUUGCACUUGGCCUUGACUGAAAUAACAUACAUUAAACAGAUAGUGGUUGAACUUAUGUAUUUUAACAAUCCACCAAAUCUGAAUAUUUAACAAAUACCUGAAUGAGGUCAGCCCAGACUUCGUCCUCAGCUUCAAAUCUCAUACUUACGGCGUUCCAGGCAAAUUCACUCAAUCCAGCAAAGAGGUCAUGAACCUCACGCCAUCUGUCUUUCAACAUCUUUUGACGAUUUUUAAGGUGAUAUUUGUGGUCCUCUGCGUGUAAAUUCUUUAAGGUGAUAUUUGACGCCUCUAUAUGGUGUCAUAACCGUACUUUUCAGCAUAAAUCCGGCGUCGCCAAGAUAGUAUUUUCCUACAAUGUUAUACACAUCAGUAUUUUGUCACUAAUAAAGAACAAAUCAUAACAUCCCAAUGAAGACACUUACCUUGGGGGAUCACCAACGAAUCAUCUCGAUGAAGAGCAUUUUUUAAGAUUCUAGAAUCAGAUUUUGAGUUGGCCUUCCUGCCUUCCUACCCAGCUAGAACGUAUGUGAAUUUCAUUUCAAAGUCACAUGCGGCAAACACAUUUUGAGUUGGCCAAUCUUUUCUUCCAUGAAAUCUCGGAGCAUUUGUUCUUGACACCCUUGCACGAACAUGGGUACCAUCUAUGACACCUAAGCAAUCUUAAACAUUAAAUUAAGAAGUCAUCAUACAACUGAAUAACAUUAACAUCGUUUGAUAAAUUUACAUUUUCACUUAUCGAUUCAAAAGAUAAAUUUACAGAUUCACUGAUAGUAAUGUCAAAAAUCGUCAAAAAGGUGUUGAAAGACAGAUGGCGUGAGGUUCAUGACCUCUUUGCUGGAUUGAGUGGAUUUUCUUGGAACGCCCUAAGUAUGAGAUUUGAAGCUGAGGACGAAGUCUGGGCUGACCUCAUUAAGUCGAGGUCAAGUGCAACAAAGGGGAGAGUUAACACUAUCAGACACUAUGAUUUAAUGGUGGAGUUAUGGGCGGCGGAUCGAGCUACUGUGAGUGGUGUUCAGACCGCUCGUCAAGCACAUCGACAACGGGUUGGGCCUUGUGUACAGGUUGAUCUGAAUCAGAAUAUGGAAUACAUUCCUAAAGAGCCUAUCUAUCCAGGGUAUAGAGACCCAACUCCACCAUCACCUCCUCCAUUUAUGGAUGAGUAUAGUCUAGGGCAUACUCAAUUUGUGCCUUCCGAAUCCGGAGGAACUUCAUCCUCACGAGGUUCCAAAAGGAAGACACCUAUGAUCGAUGUGAUAGAUGCUUAAUUUAAUAAGUUGACAACCAGCCUGGAUGGUUUCACAAAUGUCCUUGGCUCUACAAAUGUUCAUUUUGGUGUAAUUUUUUAUGCAACCGUGUGUCAAGUCUCAGCAAUGGAAGAUAGAAAUCAAAUACUCUGUCGCACCUCGACGUACACAUACAUAGAGGGCGACAUUUAUGAAAUGUUGAGUGCUAUGAAUAUUGCUAAUGAAAACUUGCUCGAGCAAUGUUAUAAUUUCUUAUGUGAAAACCCCACAUGUACAAAGAGGUUGAUGGGACUUCCACCACACAAGAGGUGGAAUAAGUUAUGUAAAAUGAUCUUCGAUGGUGACUGUUAGGGAUGUCUUCAAUGAUUAGUUGUAUUGCAAUUAUACUAUUAUAUGUUUAAUGUACCUGUUUUGUAAUUGUUAUUUCUUGGUUUUGCAUCAAUGUUCAAUUUUUAAGUUAUGAUUAUGAUCUAAUGCUUUGUCUUUGCUUAUUGUUAUUAUUAGUAUUCAAUAAUUUGUUAUGACUUAACUUGUUAUUGUUUUUAUUUAUGGUUUUGUUGAAAAAAUUGUUAAAUGGCCUCAUCAUC